UCGGGGUCUCCUGCUUCUUUCCCUCUUUUCCACCGUAUCGUGUGACCAAUCCUUCUUUGGCUUCUUCCGAUGGCCGGCGGCGGAAGGGCGAGACCGAACAUACUGGUGACAGGGACGCCGGGAACAGGGAAGACGACAACAUGCUCGCUCCUUGCCGACGCCACUGGUGUCUGCCACAUCAACGUCGGCGACCUCGUUCGGGAGAAGGGUCUCCACGACGGCUGGGACGAGGAGUUCGAGUGUCACAUCAUCAACGAGGACCUGGUGUGCGACGAACUCGAGGACAAGAUGGAAGAUGGUGGAAAUAUUGUGGACUAUCAUGGUUGUGAUUUCUUCCCUGAACGUUGGUUUGAUUGUGUGGUUGUUCUUCAGACUGAUAAUUCUAUUUUGCAUGAUCGCUUAUCUAGCAGAGGUUACAUGGGCCCAAAGCUUAUCAACAAUAUUGAGUGUGAGAUCUUUCAAGUUCUACUGGAGGAGGCAAAGGCAAGCUACCCAGAAGACAUCGUGAUAGCUUUGCAGAGUGACACCGUGGAAGACAUUAGUAGGAAUGUGACCAAAUUGACAGAAUGGUUCAAUAACUGGAGGCCACGUAGAUCCUCUUAAGUAUAAUAUAGCCAUUAGGAAUGCAUCUAUCUUGUUUAUCUGUUGACAUAAAAGCUAGAGAGAGAUUACUCUCAAUUAGAAUAUGGUCAUUUAUGAAUGUGUCUUUUUUUUGUUAGUGUGAGACAUAAAAAGCUGAAGAGGGAUUACUUUCAUGGAGGGACAGUGAACCAAAUAAAAAGUUUGGUUGUAUGUGUUUGCAUUAGUAAUAUUUGCUUACCUCACUAUUGAAAACUA